CGUGAAUGCGACGAAAACAGUAAAGAUGGUGGAGGAUAUGGACAGUUUGGACGACAAGCUGUUUAACAAUGCAUUCAAGAGAAAUCCGUCCUCAGAAGAUAGCAGAAGAAGAAUUACCUUUGCAGAUGAGGAUGAUCCGUUAGCUGAUUUAUUAGCAGAUAAAGAUGAUUUUCCACCAGGCCAAAGAAAUCCAGUAGCAGUAAGAGACAAGCGAAAUAUUAUGGAUAAUUUGUUCGAUGUAAAAGUUUCUAAUGAAUCAUUAUCGAAUUUGAAGCCAGGUAGUGAUAAACCAAAAGCAUCAGAUGAUAAGUCUAAAAAGUUAUCACUCAUGCAAGAUCUGUUUGGGGAUACGCUGCACACUUCUCCUUCAAAGGAAUCGAGUGCUAGCAAAAGAUCCAUACAGGCAGAACAAGAAGCAUCAGUUGUUGAAGUACCCAAGACACAGUCACAAUUCUCAACGUAUGCGCCAACAGCUUUAGGAACAAGAGAACCUCGCAGAGGCAAGAGAAGCUCGGAAAUAAUUAAUGAUCCUCUAGGAUUGCUGUCUCUGAGCACAGCAUCCAGUCAGACUCAGCAAUCUACAACUGAAAGGCAUGCCGCAUCCGCGGAUUCAAUUAGACGAAAAUCGGAGACUAAAGAUUACUUGCCAGAGUGGCUGGAGAUUAAGAAACCAUCGGAAGAUAAUACUCAAGAUAGAGCAACACCUGUUGAGGAAUUAUACAGCAGACAUAGAAGAUCUAGCUCUGAUAAAACCGCUCAAGCGAUGGCAAAUGCGCAACAAGAGGAGGAAUCGAGACUAUCAGAAUCAUUGCCGCAGGAGAAAGAACGAUUGAUAAAAUCAUCGGAUAAUCAAAAGGAAAUCAACGAACAGGAGAAACGGAAAGUUUUAAUUGAAGAAAAUCAGGGAAGCCUCAAGGCCAGUACAGCGAUUGUUUCAACGACUUCUAAUGUAAGUAAAAAUUCCAUGGAUGACAAUUUAAGUCGCAAAGAAACAGGUUACAAGAAUGUAAUUCAGAAGUUAGAACUAGAGAAAUCUCACUUGUCAGUAACGAUACACAGUUUAAAUGAAAAAUACGAAAAUGAAAUAAUGAUUCUGGAUGAGUCGUAUAAGCGACAAAUAGGAUUUCUCCAAGAGAGAACAGAUACGUUGGAAAAGAGAAUGCAACAGGAGCUUGAAUAUUUAGAGACAGACUACGAAGCAAAGAUCGAGAAACUGAAAAACGAGAGGAUUCAAAUUGAAGCGUUCUAUAAGGAAGAAAUACAAAAUUUGAAGAAGGAACAUGCGCAAUUUAUAGAAGAAAUUUACGAGCGACACUCGCAAAACAUAAGACUGCUGCAGAAGGAGCAUUUUGAUACGAUAGAGAAUAUAUUAAAAAUGAGAGAAAUCGAGAAUUUAGCUAUGACGACCAUAGCCACCCACAAGACUGAUCUGCAGAAUUUGUUACAGAAAGCUGAUUUUAUUGUAGAGAAUAUAAGAAAUGUGCAAGAGAAGACUGAUCAAAGAGACGACCAAAGUGUAAAAUUGAGGGAACACCACUUGAAGAACCAAGAGGAAGAUGUACAGAUACGGAAUGCAGAAGCGAAGAAGCAACAGGAGCUACUGGAGCAGGAACGCGAUAGGAUGAUGAAAGUAGCAGACAGAUUGGACUCGCACGUUGCGCAGUUAGUGCUUGAAUUAGAGAAGAAGAGCACCAUGCUCAACGAAGCGCUGGAAACGUUAAAAAGAAGAGAGCAAUUUCUGUCGCAUGAAAGAGAGGUAUUUGAGGAGAAAGUACAAUGGGAACGUAAUCAUUUACAGGCUUUAAAAGAAUCUUGGUUUAACGAACAAGAAAAGGAGCUGAGAGCUUUGACCAAAGAGAAAGAGGUGAUUGCGGCUAAGAAGAAGCAAUACGAAAUUCUCAGGACAAUCAAGGCUAAUUCUGACGGUAUUACAAAGAUAGAGUUAGCCGCUGCCAUAAAAGCGGCUCAAGAUGCUACCGCACUUGCGAAUCAGGAACGAUUGAAAUGGCAAGAAAAAAUCAGAGAUCUCGAGAUACAACAACAGAACUUGCAAGAGAAGGAGUACCGCCUCUUAGCUCGCGCACAAGACCUCGAAAAUUUUACACAGGUAGCUUUCGCGAAAAACGAAGAAGCUGUGAAAGCGCUGAAAGAAGUUCGUCACAUUGAAAAUGAACAUAAGGCCAAAUUCGACGCGCAUUUUGGCGUGUUGGCGCAUCGGCAAAACACAACUGCACAAAAGCUCAAUUUGGCGAGUGAGAGGUUAGCCUUGAAAACUGCACAAGUGGAAAAAUUGGAGAGAAGUUCGAAUAUCCCGUAUAGUUACGGACAUGCAAAUGCAGAUAAGCGAGCAUUGUCUAGUCAGCAAAACGCUCUUCAACUUACCACUCAUUUUACAGAAGUUGUAGAUCCUCAGUUGGUGAUGUUGAAGUUAGAUCUAGAUGACCAACUAGAUAAUGUUCAAUAUAUGACUGCCAUGAAAUUUUGAUGUCUGAUAAAUACAUAUUUGUAUAUUUCUCGCAUGAAAAGUGUCAGUUUGAUAUUUUGUGUAUUCUAAUGGUUAAUAAAUAUUGACGUACAUAUAUA